AUGGCAUUGGCGCUGCCUCCAAACUAUCAUCCGGUUCGAGAUUUGCACAGUCCUUUACCCUCGUCGACAAUCCUCCUCGCCGCAGUUGCGAUGGAGCAGGCGAAUCAAAUGAGACCGUCACUACCUUCAAUUUCCAGUCUCAUAGAAGCGGUCACCGAACAGUCCGAGAAAGCAGGAAAAGACCCCUCACCGGUAUUUGAGAUUCCAAGAAGAAUAUCCAGCGGCUCACAGGGACAUACCACAAGCCCUGAUCGGUUAAAGUUUUCUGGCAGCCCUCGACAUGGUCCGCCCCCGACGCCAGAACUGCCACCAGCCUCGAGUUUCGAUUUUCCGCGGCCGUCGCCAGCCAACCUCUCGCCCAGCGCCGCCCCCGGCCGCAGCAGUUACUAUCAUUCCGGAUCUGCAAGCACAAAUCCGGAACUUUACGCACAGCGGCCCUCGGCGUAUCCUCCCAUCACAGAAUCCGGCCCGCCCUAUCCCGCUAUAGCCGAUGUGAAUCAAUGGUCUUCAGUGCAUCCUCCGAGGGCCCAUCCCGAUAUGAUGCAACAAGACCACCCUCCAAGGCCUCCCCCGGCGCCUUACGGCGACAAUCCGGCAGAAGUGCCUAUAUACAACGGACUACCUCAGCAACGUCCCCUACCGACCAACUUUCCAGGGCCGGUUGCAGGUCCCGCACUGCCCCCAAUCGAUCCUCAUAUAGCCCCUCCAUGGCAGCAUCAUCACUAUUAUCCUCCGGCAAACCCGCCGGCAUAUCCUCAGACACAAGAGCGUUACAUAUGUCCCACGUGUAACAAGCCAUUUUCCAGGCCUAGCUCAUUGAAAAUUCACACCUACUCCCAUACCGGCGAGAAACCUUACAAGUGCAAGCACGCUGGGUGCGGGAAAUACUUCAGCGUGAGAAGCAACAUGAAAAGACAUGAAAAAGGAUGCCAUGGUGGCGAAAGUUCGACUACUACAGGAACCAGUCCAGGAACAACCUAA